AACCCAUCUUCUAAAAUCCAUAUCUCUUAGCUCCACUUUGAUCAUGACCACUGUCCUUGAAUCAAUUCCACUUCCUUCUCUCCCUUCUUCUACUCUACCAUCCUCGUUAAGGCGUCGUGCGACGCCGUUUUCUUCGCCGGAACUUCCCAUUCCGUCUGGUCGGCGCACUUCAGUUGCCAAUUCAAGCCGUGGCCCUUCAAUUUCUUGCAAAAUACAAACGAUUAAAGCUUUUGAAGUUUCAAGGAGGAAUGCUGUGGCAUUGAUCUUUUCAAGUUACAUCUUCUCAAAAGCUGAUCUGCACAACGUUGCAUUUGCUCAACAAUCUGUUGUGUUCCGGGAGUAUAUUGACACUUUUGAUGGAUAUUCAUUCCAGUACCCUCAAAACUGGAUUCAAGUCCGGGGUGCUGGAGCAGACAUAUUCUUCAGAGACCCUUUUGUUCUUGAUGAAAAUCUUUCGGUAGAGAUAUCCUCUCCUUCAUCCUCGAGGUACAAGAGCAUAGAAGAUUUGGGUCCGCCCCAGGAAGCUGGAGAGAAAGUACUUAGGCAGUGUUUGACAGAGUUUAUGUCUACAAGACUUGGUGUCAAGCGUGAAUCUAAAAUCCUUUCUACAUCUUCAAGAGUAGGUGAUGAUGGCAGGAUGUAUUAUCAAGUUGAGGUAGGGUCGGUGUGAUGUUGAAAGUGUCAACUGCAUUGCAUGCAUUAUAGAAUUUAUAGACGGUCAGAACUAGCAUAUGACUGAUUGGCUGUGCUUACUUAAGUCAUACAUCUAAAAUAUAGGUUCACUUCCGCUUAGUGGGUAAUAAUACUUGGAGAAGUUUGUUUUAGGUAGUUUCUGAUCAGUUCUGGAGAGGAAUUACCGAGGAUCAUGUAAUUUAUGCAGUGCAUAAUAAUAAUAUGAGAUGAUUCAGAUGUGUAGUUAGCCUACUGAACAAGUUUCUGCAAUAUAUUUCUGAUCAUUUCUUGUAGUUUUCAGAGACUUACUCAUUUCAAUCUCUAUUCCUUUAACUGCAUUACUGAAUAAAAUCCCUUGAUGCAGUUAUAUUCUGCUGAUUUGUAUUCCAUUGUUUUGUUAGGUAAACAUAAAGUCAUAUGCAACCAACAAUGAAUUGGCUGUUAUGCCCCAAGACAGAGUAGUCCGUCUCGAAUGGGAUCGGCGUUACCUUUCAGUUCUUGGAGUAGAAAACAACCAGCUAUAUGAACUAAGACUACAGACACCUGAAAAGGUAUUUGUCGAAGAGGAAAGUGAUCUUCGGCGAGUUAUGGAUUCGUUUAGAGUAAACAAGGUGGCGAGUUCAUCAUAAUGUUCUUUCCAUUCAUUUUUGUCAAAGUUCUACCAUGACUCUGUCGUUCAUCGUUUGACAAUUUUGUUGUUGUAGCUCCAUUCAAUACAAGUUAAAAGAUUGAUUGUUUUGUAUUAUCAUUUGUCCUCUUAAUGUUUCAUUGCCUAACUUACAUUGC